CAAAGUUGGGCAAGAAUCGGGUCCUGCUCAGUACUUGGUUUGCAUCUCUGACAUGGAGGUUGGUCCAGGGUGCAGCGCAAUCCUGCAGGCUCUAGGGACCGAGCAGGGUGGAGGGUUCGGAUCUGAGAGGGAGGGCUUGUGAAUGGGAAGCCGGAAGAAGCUGACUUGGAGGUGCUGUGCUGACCUAGGCUGGGCCAAGCCCCCCAGGAUGCAGAAACUGCUCUCAUUCGGAGAUGUGGCCAUUGAUUUUUCUGCAGAGGAGUGUGAAUACCUGGAGCCUGCUCAGUGGAAUUUGUACAGGGAUGUGAUGUUGGAGAAUUACAGCAACCUUGUGUUCCUGGGUCUUGCUUUCUCUAAGCCGUACUUGGUCACAUUUCUGGAACAAAGAAAAGAGCCAUGGAGUGUGAAGAGACAAGCCAGAGCAGGUGCACACUCAGGAUCAAAACCCUAUACAUGUAAAGAGUGUGGGAAGGCCUUUGAUUGGAAAUCGCUGCUUGUAAAACACCAGAGAAUUCAUACAAGAGAGAAACCCUACAUAUGUAAAGAAUGUGGUAAAUCUUUUAACUAUUCUUCCAACCUUAAACAGCACCAAAGAAUUCAUACCGGAGAGAAACCCUACAAAUGUGAAGAAUGUGGCAAAGCGUUUAGCUGUUCUUCAUAUCUGGGUAAGCAUCAAAGAAUCCACACUGGAGAGAAACCCUACAAGUGUGAAGAGUGUGGCAAAGCUUUUACUAACUCUUAUGGCCUUGUUGUUCACCGAAGAGUUCAUACUGGAGAGAAACCCUACAAAUGUGAAGAGUGUGGCAAGGCCUUUACUAUUCGCAUAGCACUCUCUAAACAUCAAAGAAUUCAUACUGGAGAGAAACCAUACAAAUGUGAAGUAUGUGGAAAGACUUUUAAUGUUCACUCAACACUUUCUAAACACCAGAGAAUUCAUACUGGAGAGAAACCUUACAAAUGUGAAGAAUGCGGCAUGGCCUUUAACGUUCGCUGCAUUCUUUCUAAACACCAGAGGAUCCAUACUGGAGAGAAACCCUACAAAUGUAAAGAGUGUGGCAAAGCCUUUAACUGUUCUUCCAGCCUUCACCAACACCAACGAAUACAUAGUGGAGAGAAACUCUACAAAUGUGAUGACUGUGGCCAGGCAUUUAGCUGUUCUUCUUAUCUGUAUAAGCAUCGGCGAAUCCAUAGUGGGAUGAAACCCUACAAAUGCAAGGAAUGUAGCAAGGCAUUUUACUGUUCAUACAGUCUUAUUUACCAUCAGAGAGUUCAUACUGGAGAGAAACCAUAUAAGUGUGAUGAAUGUGGAAAAGCCUUUAGCAUUCAUUCAUCCUAUAUGAAGCACCAGCAAAUUCAUAGUGGAGAAAAACCCUAUAAAUGCAAUGAAUGUGAGAAAGCCUUUAAUUACUGUCAUAAUCUAACUCGACACCAAAGAGUUCAUGCUGGAGAGAAACCCUAUAAAUGCAAAGAAUGUGGCAAAGCCUUCACUUGUACUACGGGCCUUACUCAACAUGAGAGAAUCCACACUGGGGAGAAACCCUUCACAUGUGAUGACUGUGGCAAGGCCUUUAACUCUUCUUCAAGCCUUAGACAUCAUUGCAGACUUCACAGGGGAGAGAAGCCCUGCAAAGAGAACAGCAAGCCCUGCGAAUGA